CGGUAUAAAACCAGUGCGCACCGCUGCGCUCAGCCUGGCGCACCCGCUGCUUGGCGGAGAACUGAUCCGCCUGGAACAGCAGCCAUUCCAAGACGAACUUCUAUCCUGUUCCCUUCUAUUCUUUUCCCGAUUUUCUUCCUAAAUAACCGUUUUGGUACUUUGUAAUUUCUCGUGUUUUGCCCUCUCCAACAUGAGUGUCGGCGCAGUGACGGCGUUACUGGUUGCGCUGUGCGUAAGCAGCGCAGUCCACUGUGUGCCAAAGAGCCAAGGGAAGAGUAAAAGACAAACUGGACAGUAUCAGGUGUAUCCUGACCUCCACUACACUUCAGCCAUUGCUCCAGUUGGCUGUGAGGAGAACGGCCGCUCAUACAGGCUGAACGAACAGUGGGAGAAACGCUUCCUUGGAAGUACACUGGUGUGCACCUGUCAUGGAGCUGCAGGGAUCAAAUGCAAAACUAAGCCUGAAGUGGAGGAGACCUGCUUUGACAAAUACAACGACAGAACAUAUCGGGUCGGCGAAACCUACGAGAGACCGAAGGAUAGGAUGAUCUGGGAUUGUACCUGCAUUGGAUCAGGUCGAGGCAAGAUCAGCUGUACCAUCGCAAAUCGUUGCCACGAAGGCGGGAACUCAUAUAAAAUCGGAGAUACUUGGCAGAGGCCUCACGAGAGCUCUGACUACAUGCUGGAGUGUGUGUGUCUCGGGAAUGGCAAAGGAGAGUGGACCUGCAAACCCGUGGCUGAGCGUUGCUAUGACAACACCGCUGCCUCAUCCUACACGGUAGGGGAGACCUGGGAGAAACCGUAUCAGGGCUGGAUGAUGCUGGACUGCACUUGUCUGGGAGAAGGAAACGGGCGCAUCACAUGCACCUCAAGGAAUCGCUGCAACGACCAGGACACCAGGAGAUCCUACCGUAUCGGAGACUCGUGGACCAAAACCGACACAAGCGGACACACGCUGCAGUGCCUGUGCUUAGGAAACGGCAGAGGAGAGUGGAAGUGUGAGAGACACAACACAGGACGGGGCACAGGAUCAGCGGUGGUGGCCACCAUUCACCCACAGCCUCUGCCACUACCACAGCCUGUCACCGCGGGAACGUGUCGCACAGAUUCCGGAACUACAUUCUAUGAUGGACAGCGCUGGAUCAGGACCCAGGGCAACAAGCAGAUGCUGUGCACAUGUCUGGGCAACGGAGUGAGCUGUCAGGAGUGGGAGGCCCGGGCCCAGGUGUAUGGUGGCAACUCCAAUGGUCAGCCGUGCGCAUUUCCUUUUGUCUUCUUGGGGAAGACCUACUACGCUUGCACCUCAGAUGGACGUACGGACGGGCAGCUCUGGUGCUCCACGACCUCUGACUAUGCGACUGAUCAGCAGUACUCAUUCUGUACUGAGAAAAAUGCCAUCGUAGCAACACGAGGUGGGAACUCCAAUGGUGCCAUGUGCCACUUCCCAUUUCUCUACAGUGGUCGCAACUACACCGAUUGCACCUCUGACGGGCGCCGUGACGGUAUGAGGUGGUGCGGUACCACCUACAAUUAUGACGCAGAGCAGCGCUUUGGAUUUUGCCCCAUGGCUGCCCAUGAAGAGGUGUGCACCACCAAUGAUGGAGUGAUGCACCGUGUUGGCGACAAGUGGGACAAACGCCAUGAUGUCAUGGGUCACAUGAUGGAGUGCACCUGCAUGGGGAACGGUCGAGGGGAGUGGAGUUGUAUUGCGUACUCUCAGCUGCGAGAUCAGUGUAUUGUUGAUGGCUUGACCUAUGAAGUAAACCAGGCCUUCUCCAAACGUCACAAUGAAGGAUACAUGAUGAACUGCACGUGCUUUGGACAGGGACGGGGGCGCUGGAAGUGUGAUGCUCUCGACCAAUGUCAGGAGCCACAAACCAGGGACUUUUAUCAGAUUGGAGAGACAUGGUACAAAGUCAUCCAUGGUAACCAGUACCGCUGUUAUUGCUACGGCAAUGGCAUUGGAGAGCUGAGAUGUGAGCCCCAGCGAGCAUAUCCAGAUGGCCACAGACCUAUCCAAGUGAUUAUCACAGAAGCAGGAAGGCAGCCAGACUCGCACCCCAUACAGUGGAACCCACCCACGUCUGUUCACAUCACACAGUACAUCCUCAAAUGGAGAAUGAAAAAUAGCCGUGUGCCAUGGAAGGAGGUCAACAUUCCAAGCCACAUCAACUCCUAUACCAUCACUGGUCUGCGACCAGGAGUUACUUACGAGGGUCAGCUGAUCAGCAUCCUGCACUAUGGGGGCCGCGAGGUCACACGCUUUGACUUCACCACUACUUUUGGUUCCUUGGAAACGUCAGAGGGAGAGACAACCCAGCCUCCUCCGGUGGUGGACACUUCUGAGUCCGUGACAGAAAUCACCUCCAACAGCUUUGUGGUGUCGUGGACAUCAGCCUCUACAACCAUCUCUGGGUUCAGGGUGGAAUAUGAGCUGAGUGAGGAGGGUGCCACACGGAAGACCUUGGAUUUGCCGCGCACUGUCUCCUCUGUCACCAUCAGUGAAUUGCUGCCGGGACGCAGAUACAACGUCAAUGUGUACGAGCUGCCCACAGAGGGAGAACCAACCCUCAUCCUCACAACCUCACAGACUACAGCUCCUGACACUCCUGCACAGCACAGGGUUGAUGAUGUGGGUGAAACAUCCAUCCGAAUCAGCUGGUCCAGACCUCAGGCUCCGAUUACUGGUUACCGUGUGGUUUACACGCCAUCAGUGGAAGGCAGCAGCACCGAGCUGAAUUUGCCAGACACGGAGACCUCGGUGACCCUGGCUGACCUUCGCCCUGGUCUGCUGUAUAACGUCAGCAUCUACGCCGUGGAGGAGAACCAGGAGAGUGAGCCAAUAUUUGUGCAGGUCAACACCGCUGGUUCUUCAACACCAGAGGAAGUCCCGCCCCCUACAGAUCUGCAGUUCUACGAGGUUUCAGAUGUGAAGAUCACCAUCAUCUGGACUGGCCCACCCAGUGAGGUGACUGGUUACAGGGUGUCCUUCUCGCCUGUCGGUCCUGAUGGCAGUGACACGAGGCUCUUGCAGCUGCCCAUCUCACCCAACGCAUACGCUGAAAUCACCUACUUACAGCCUGGCACGCAGUACCGAUUCUACAUCUACGCCAUUAAUGAUGGGGUGGAGAGCAAGCCACUUGUGGGCGAGAAGUCUACCAAACCCGACGCUCCCACCAACGUGCAUGUCACCGACAUUGGCUCAGACAGCACGAUGGUCGUGUGGGAGGCGCCACGCGCCACUAUCACCGGCUACAGCCUGUUGGUGACCUUUCAGGGCUCCAGCCCCUUGCAGCAUAAGAUCAAAGGAGGGGUCACCCAGUUCCACCUGAAAAACCUGCGUCCAGACACCCAGUAUACCAUCAUGCUGCAAUCUGAGCAGGACAACGUGCUCAGCGAGGGCGUCACAGCCUAUUUCACCACCCUGCCCAAGAUGGGCCGUGCACCUCCUUUUAGCACUGAAGUUACUGAUACCUCAAUUAUCAUCACCUGGAUACCCGUUCACCGGUUCAGCUAUAAGCUUUCUGUGCUCCCCGGCCAGACAGGCGAACAACCCAAACACAAGACCUCUGACUCAGGACGUAUUUACAUCUCUGGACUGAGUCCUGGAACUGAGUAUUCUUACAGCGUUCAGGCCCGUCUCAGUGGACGUGCGCAUGGAACCCCAUCAACCCGCACUUUUGUCACUCAGCUGGCUCCUCCCACUGACCUGACUGUGAAGUCCAACCCCAACACAGGAGACCUCACUGUCCACUGGGUGGCUUCCAGAACACCAGACAUCACAGGCUACAAAGUGAUAAGCACACCAACCGAGGGCCAGAGAGGGAACUCCCUGGAAGAGUUCGUCCAGCCUAGUCAAACCUCGUGUGUGCUGGAAAACCUGAGUAUGGGCGUGGAGUACAACGUCAGCGUGUUCACUGUCAAAGGUCACAUAGAAAGUGUGCCUGUGUCCACGACUGUCAACCCAGACAUACUCCCACCAAGUAACAUUGACUUUGUCAACAUUACUGAUGCCAUCAUUGGCCUGUGCUGGACCCCUCUGAACUAUACUGCCGUUACCGGUUACUGGGUAAUGGUGGUGGCAGCAGGUGAGAGUCUGCCACUUAUUAAAGCUAUGAUGGAGCCAUUGGCUGGUUAUUACAGGAUUUGUGGUUUGGAACCUGGCGUGGGUUAUGACAUCAGUAUCUUCAGUGUUACUGAAGAGGGGGAAAGCGAGCCGACCACACACAUAAAGCAAACACAUGCUGCUAUUCCAGCUCCCACCAAUCUGCGCUUCGGAGGUGUGGGCCCUGACCACAUUAGGGUGACAUGGACAGUCCCCAACAUCGCCACACCAAGUGAUAUUUCUCGCUUUGUCAUCCGCUACCACGAUGUAAAUAAUGAUGAUGAUAUCAGAGAGGUUAAUGUGGGAGGAGCCACCAACACCUUCCUGUUGCAGAACCUACUACCCAACACAGAGUACCAGGUCAGUGUCGUAUGCGUGUACAGUGAGCGAGAAAGUGAACCAGUCACAGGAAGUCAAAGAACAUUAUUGGACUCUCCUACUGGCCUGGACUUCUCUGAUAUUCAGACGAACUCCUUUACUGUUCACUGGGUGGCCCCAACUGCUCCCAUCACUGGUUACCAUAUCCGCUAUCAAAAGACCAGCAGUGGGUAUGCCAAGGAUGAGAGGCUGCCCCCCACCAGGACCUACUUCACUUUGAAUAGACUGACACCAGAGACUGAGUACCUGAUCUAUUUGUACGCCGUCAGUGGCAACCAGGAGAGCCUACCUCUGAUAGGCACACAGGCUACUAUCUCCGAUGCUCCCACUGACCUGGAGGUGACAUCUUCCACUCCCACCAGCAUUACUAUUCGCUGGGAUGCCCCCUCUGUCACAGUGCGGUACUACAGGAUCUCUUACGCAGGUACAAGCAAUGACAGUCCUCAGGAGUUCACAAUUCCAGGUACUCAGACGACUGCCACCAUUCCUGCUCUGAAACCUGACACAGACUACACCAUUACAGUCUAUGCUGUUACUGGAAGAGGGGACAGCCCUUCCGCCAGCACGCCGACCUACAUCAGACACAAAACCGACACUGAGCCUCCCUCUGACAUGAAGAUAACUGGUGUGAAGGACAACACCAUCACAGUGCGCUGGUCCCCUGCUCAGGGCCUCGUCAAAGGCUACAAAGUCACCAGUGUCCCCAAGAAUGGCCAUGGACCAUCUUACUCUGAGGUGGUGGCUCCUGAUCAAAGAGAACUCACGUUUACAGGUCUGAUGCCCGCUGUGGAGUAUGUGGUGAGUGUCUAUGCCCUGGGCACCGAUGGACAGACGUCUUCUCCUGUGGUGGAAAACACUGUUACAGCUAUGGACCAACCUAAGGACCUGACCUUUUCUGACAUUGAUACCUCUUCCAUGCGCAUCUCAUGGGACAGUCCAGAUGGUUUUGUGACAUCAUAUCGCAUUCUGUACUCCAGCCCAGAGGAAUCUGAGAGGGAGCUGCUACCAGCACCCAAGGGUAACCAGGAUAGUGUGGUACUGAGGGGUCUUCACCCCGGGACAGAGUACACAUUUAAAGUCAUUGCCCUCCAUGAUCGAACACCCAGCACGCCAUUGGUAGGAACCCAGGCAACAGUACUUCCUCCACCAAGGUACCUGCAUAUCACAGAUGUUCGUCCUUCCUCCUUUGCCGUGUCUUGGCAUGCACCUUCUGCAAAACUGUCAGGCUAUCGUGUGGUCGUUAGCCCCAAGGAUGUCAAUGGACCCACCAAGGAGCUGAAUGUAGCUCCAGACACCACACGUGUCAUUGUACCAGAGCUCAUGAUGGGAACCACAUACCAGAUUCGCGUCUAUGCUCUGAAGAACUCCCUCACCAGCAGGCCACUGGAGGGAGAUGCGACCACACUGGCAGUCAUAAGUGCUCCUCAACGUGUGCGUACCUCUGAUGUGAAGGAUUCUUCUAUCACACUGACCUGGCGUUCAAAGGAAGGGGCCGUCGGCAGUUACCUCAUCAACGCCACGCCACGCGGCGCCUCGCAACCUACAGUCAGUCGGACCAUCCCAGGAGACAUGCGUACCUACACCCUCACAGGUCUGCAGCCAAGCACCACGUACACAAUCCAUCUGUACACGGUGAAUGGAAACACAAAGAGCACCCCCUUUACUCUCACUGUCGAAACAGCUGAACCGGUGGUCCAGGCUCCCACCAACCUUCAGUUCACGUCUUUGACCCCCACCUCCAUUUCCUUCACCUGGCAGCCUCCUGCCACACACAUCACAGGAUAUUACAUCACCUACGAGGAGUCAGGACGAGCUCCACGAGAGCUCACCCCGCGCCCACACGUUGGCCAAAACUACGCCACCAUAUCUGGACUGAAGCCAGCGACAGAGUACAUCAUCAAGGUCAUCGCCAUCCAGAAUACUCAGAGAAGUACACCUCUAGUGGGCAGAACCAGGACUCAACCAGAUCCCUUGCUUCCCUUGCCUCUGCCCAAUGGCCCUGGAACAUCAGACAAGCUGGAUGUGCCCCAAACUAAACUGGACAACACUGUCCAGGUAGUAGGCACCAAUGGACAGGAAGGGCUCGGUGGUCAUAGACAGCAUCUGGAGUACAUAGAGUACAACAAUAAGUAUAAUGGGAACAUCCCACAACCGCCAUAUGGGCAGAAUCAUCAGCCCCUCAUUUUUGUGCCCCUUCCUGAUGCAGAGGGCCGCAGAGUGCCCAUCCUGAAGCUGAAUCUGCCGAUUGGCACCUCCUUUAGUAACGACACAGGACUUCCCCGUGAGGCCCAAUCCAGGACCACCAUUUCCUGGAAGCCGUACAGUCAAAGCAACGCCUACAUUGUCUCCUGCCAUCCACUCACCCACAUAAAUGAGAAGAUGUUCCAGGUCCGCCUGCCAGGAACAGCCGCCACUGCUACACUGAUAGGACUGACACCAGGAGCAGACUACAACGUGAUUGUGGAGGCUCUGAAGGGUGUUCUCAGACACAAGGUCCUAGAGCAGGUCAUCAGCGCCGGAAACACAGUCCCAGAGAGAACAGCCUCCGACACGGACUCAUGCUAUGAUUCGUUUACCGCCACCUACCAUGACGUCGGUGCUGAGUGGGAGCGCAUGUCUGAGACGGGCUUCAAGCUGUGGUGCAGAUGCCUGGGAAUGGGAAGUGGACACUUCAGAUGCGAUUCCUCCAAGUGGUGCCAUGACAACGGCAGGAACUAUCGCAUCGGAGAGCAGUGGGAUCGGCAAGCGGAAAACGGCCAUUUGAUGAGCUGUACUUGUUUGGGAAAUGGCAAAGGAGAGUUCAAGUGUGAACCACAUCAGGCAUUGUGCUUUGAUGACGGUAAAACAUACCAGGUGGGAAACCAGUGGCAGAAGGAGUACCUGGGCGCUAUCUGCACCUGCACGUGCUUUGGGGGACAGCAGGGCUGGCGAUGUGAGAACUGCCGCAGACCGGCGGGGACAGAUGUUGAUGCCACUCUGAUCAACCCUGUUAGAUAUGGAAGCAGCACUCUGAACAAACUGAAUAUUAAGUGUCCCAUCGAGUGCCUCCGACCUGAGCUGCUGGCAGAUGCUCAUGUUCCUCCAAAUCCUCAGGAAUAAAAGACCAUCAGGCACCUGCUUUGUUUGCUCACCAUCCGACCUUUGCACUGUCUUACCCCACAGAAGAUGUCAUGUUGACCCGUGUUCAUGUUUCGUGCACUGCUGCCUCAAACUGGUUUUUUUUUGUUUUUGUUAUUCGUUUUUUGUCUUGUCACUGUCACUCUGUAUAGGACCCCGAAAAACACCUUCCAUAAUGUCCUCGAUGCAAUAAUUUACGUAGCUUUAAGAGUUAUGAUUGUUUCCAUUUGUGUGAAAACCCCAAUGGAAGUCAUUUCAGAACUUUCUUACCAAAGAAUAAACCGCAAUAAAAAAAAGCACUGUAUUACACGAAUGUUAACACAAAUAAGUCUUAGGUUCCGUCUAAGGUUCGUACGUGCUUUUAACUUCUGAAGCUGCUCUUCUUGCUGCAAAAGGGUCACACUGUGUGUGAUUGACACAUUCUAACCUGUAAUGUCCGUUCAGUAAUUUAUCCCUGUAGUCUGGAAGUGUGAAUGUGCGAACUGGGAUGUGAGAACUUGAACUAUUUUUGUACUUCAUUGUUCAUGCCAAAGUUGUCUCUACCUUUUGCAAAAAGACAUCCCUUGUUUUAAUAAAGCUGGAGAGAUCCUGAGAUGUUACGUU